GCACACAUAUUUGGUUUUAUUUAUUGAGUAGAUUUGACCGCAAUAUUUGUUGAGCUUGUUCGCAAUACUUAUUAUGUCUUCUUCAAACAACGAUAAUGGAAAUCUUAUGGACGAGUUUGAGGAAGCUUUCCAAGCAUGUCUUUUGUCACUAACGAAGCCAGAACCCAACACAGGCACUAACAAGGAUGAAAUCGAGUUAGAAGUCCAAAAAACUACAAAUCGGUUUAUUGAUGUUGCACGGCAGAUGGAGGCAUUCUUUCUUCAAAAACGUUUUCUUGUUUCAACAUUAAAGCCAGAUAUGUUAAUAAAGGACGAAAAUCAGGAUUUGCGUAAUGAAAUUGCACGCAAAGAGCAACUUCUGAAUAAACACUACAGUCGCUUAGAGGAAUGGAAAGCUUGUUUGUCUGAUAUACAAGCUAACCAAGGUGCACACAAUAGACCUAUAGGAGGAAUAGGCGGUGCAGUUGCUGCCAUUGGGGAUUCAUCGAGUGCAGGUACAACAGGGAUACCUGGAAUUGCAGGUCCUGGAAGUUUGAAUAUUCCACAAGUUUCAAAUAGAUCUGGUUCUGUAGGAAUGCUUGGUAAUGUACCAGCAUACGGCGUGCCCAGACGUUUUUAAUAUUAUAGCUUUAAUUAGCUCUAGAAUAUGUAAUAUCAAAAUUUUAAUAAUUCCCAGUAUAUUUAAU